AGGCGUCUCUCUGCUGCUCAGACUGACAGUCAGUCGUCACCCAGACAACAUGAAGUCUCCACCUGUCUCUCUGCUGCUCGGUGUGUGUGUGCUGCUGUCUGGACUGACUGUUUCUGCAGUCUCUCUGAAUGUCAGUCCAAACCUUCAGCAGUUCUUCAAUGAAGACUCAGUGUCUCUGAGUUGUGGUGAAGAUGGACAGACAGGAGGACAGACAGGUGGACAGACAGGAGGACAGACAGGUGGACAGACAGGAGGACAGACAGGUGGACAGACAGGUGGACAGACAGGAGGACAGACAGUUGGACAGACAGGAGGACAGACAGUCAAGAGGACCAGUGGAGGACAGACUGGUGACUGUGGUUCAGGAUCUGGGACCUCUGAUGGUUCCUCCUGCAGAGUCUCAGAUCUCUCCCAGUCAGACUCUGGAGUUUACUGGUGUGAGACCAGUUCAGGAGAGACGAGCCUCCAGGUCAACAUCAGUGUGACAGGUCAUGUGAUCCUGGAGAUUCCUGCACUUCCUGUGAUGACAGGAAGUGAUGUCACUCUGCGCUGUAGAGCCAGAGAUAAGAACAGACGAGAGGCUUAUUUCUUCAGGGAUGGUGUCCGCCUUAGAUCUGACCCUGAUGAAGAAUAUAAGAUCAGUGGAGUCCAACAGUCUCAUGAAAGUUUCUACUCGUGUUUGAUUGAGGACUUUGGAGAGUCUCCUCGGAGCCGGCUGAGGGUCAGAGAUCCUCCUCCUCUUCCUUCAUCUCCUCCUCCUCCUCUUCCUUCAUCUCCUCCUCCUCCUCUUCCUUCAUCUCCUCCUCCUCCCUCAUCAUCUCCUAAACCAGAUACUUCCUCCCCUCCUCCCUCCCCUUCUCUCUUCACCCCCCCAGUCAUAGCAGCCCUGGUUUCUGUGGUUCCCCUGGUUCUCCUGGUUCUCCUGGUUGUGGUUCUCCUGCAGCGUAGGAGGAAGCAGACAGGAAGUUCUUCAUCUGCUCCUGAUGACCUCAUCUACGCUGAUGUCACCAUGAGGCAGGCAGCCAAUAGGAGGGACAAACAUUCUUUUGAUGAAGACACUGUCUACUCUGGAUUGAGGACACACACUGCAGCUCAGCCUGAUCCAGAGGUUGUGUAUUCAUCAGUGAGAGCAGGAAGUGAUAAGGUCACUUAUGGUCAGGUGGUCAUCAAAGGUCAGAGGGCUGCUGGAAGGAGGACUGCUCAGCCUGAUCCAGAGGUUGUGUAUUCAUCAGUGAGAGCAGGAAAGUGAGGACAGAAGACAGUUCACCCCUGCAGCUGUUGUGUUGAUCUGUCAGUGUGUAGUUAGUGUGAUGGCUGUCUGAGCCUCCAGCUGUCUGCUGUCAGGUGACUGAGAGAGGAAGACGUCACUCAUGUCCACACUGAACACUGCUGAGUUCUCCACCAUCUCCUCUCAGAGGUUCUAUACUGACACCUUCCAUCUCACCAGCCAACGAGUCCUGGAUCAUGGCCUGCCAGGGACCCAGAGCCAACUACUGCACUCAUGUUUAUUUUCAAUCUCACCUUCAAACAUCAAACUGCUUUUUAACUCUUGAAUUAAAACUAUCUCCAUCUGCUAUAAACUGCUCUGUCCAGGACAACAGAGUCCAACUGCUCCACCUGAUGGUCUCUACAGUCCUCACUAACACCAGGACAGUGGAGCACAUCACACCGCUCCUUAAAUCACUGCUUAAAUGCUAUUUUAAUGUCAUCUUAAUGUUAUAUUUUAAUGUAUUUCCAUGCAUUUGCAAAGCACUUUGAAUUGCCCUGUAUCUGAAUGGUGCUGUACAAAUAAACUUGCCUUGCUAACAGACCACUUGGUGGCUCCUCACCAGCAGAUGAAAUGACACCAGAUUUUGUACAGACAUUACUGGUCCUAAGAGGAUGAGCACUUCUGUGAGUAACAUGUCUCAACAACAGUGGAUGGAUUACCAGGACAUUUAGUGUUUUGCAGUUGUUUGGUCAUAAACCAUCAGUCUCAGCUGCGUGUAUUUGUUCUUUUAAUAGGUAAUUGUUCAACAAUUAAAACAUUUUUAGGACAAGAGUUCAUCAGUCAUUGUGUUUUUUUCCAACAUGUGCAGUCAGGUUUAAUGAUGUUGUAAAUGAAUGGUGAACAGGCUCCUUCAUUAAAGUUUGAUUUUGAAAGUUCAG